UUUUUUUUUUUGAUCCUUUGCUUCGGUUUUAUGCAUGUUCUCCAUGUUAUUGUUGUCGUAUUGACCAUAUGGGUGACUAUAAUUUCAAGUCAAGAUACUGAUACAGCACUGUAUUCACGUCUCUACACUAGUUUGGAAAACUGGCCUUGUGUUAGACUAUUGAAUGCUACUAGUACUAUUGGAUGUCAAGCUUUUACUACAGGCAGUGGUGUCCUCUUUGAAGUCAAAACCCAAAACGAUAUCAAUGUCUUUAUUAAUACCAAUUCAUUCAAUGAUGCCUAUGCCAUUGUACUUCCUUACAAUCUAUUAACACUGGAUAAUAUUCGCAACUUGAAAGCAACAGGAAGACUCACUGGAAUAAUAGUACUCACUGGCUCAAACCUUCUUCUAACGAAUAGUUCUACAUCACCUGAUAGUUCUUGUCCCAAUUGCGCUUUUGGUUUGUAUGCCAAUGAUGCCGAAACAUAUAUAUGGAAUCCACAGGCCACCGGUCUUCUUGAUGAAGCAUUUGAUAUACCCCUUUAUGGAUUGAAUCCUACUAGUAAUGAAUCUACUCAAGUAUACAAUACCAUCCAGUCGGCUCUCAAUUAUAACAAAGAACGAUCUUAUCAACAAUAUCCUUUGCAAGCAGUUGAUUUUGAUCUGAAGAUGUGGGCCGCUAUCAAUUCUCAAACUUGUCUAAGACGUGGAUGGUGUCAACCUGUAGGUGGUCUCUCUGUAUUUUCCACUCCCUCACAGUCAAUCUCAGUAGAUGACAAUAAACCUAUUAUUGUUUUGACCGCUAGCAUGGAUAGCCGAUCUCUCUUUCAUGAUUUGACAUUGGGUGUAGAUACAAGCAUUUCUGGAAUGGUGACCUUACUUUCCGUUGCUGAUGCUCUUAGUCGUGCACCAACAUCUCCGGCAAAUUUUGAUAAACAUAUUUUGUAUACACUUUUUACAGCGGAAUCAUGGGGAUUUGCAGGAUCGCAACGUUUUGUUCAAGAUAUUUCACAACCAUUUGUAUGCACCAAUCAAUCUCGAUCAUCACCUUGUCCGUACGCCAACGCACCAUGUACCCAACCUUGUGUUCAAGAUCUCAAUUUUAAGCUUAUCAACGUCAAUAACAUUGAAACAAUCGUUGAGUUUGGGUCGAUCAGUAAUAAUGACAAUACGAUAUGGGCUCAUGUGGAUGAUAGUUCGUUGAGUGAUCCUCUAGUACAAUCCUUACAAUCCCAAUCUAAUAUCAAUUCUGGUAGCUCAAACAAUUCUUCAUCUUUGGUUAUUCAAGCAGCAAAUAGUGACGGGGUUCAGCGUCGUUUACCACCAAGUAGUGUGAUGUCUUUUUUAAAGCAAAAAAGAUCAAUAAAGGCCGCAGUAUUGACUGGAUAUCAAAAGCAGAUGAAUGGUUAUUAUAAUAGCGAUAUGGACGAUGAUUUGGAUCUGAAUUUAAUGACUCAAAAACUGUGUACAUUGGCCAAUAUUACAGCACAAACGGUUUAUCAACAAGCAUUAACAUCAUCCAACAACAGUAACAUCAUCUCUGCAAAUUGUAGUCUUGUUUAUGAACUAUUGGAUUGCCUGACUUUCAACUUUUCCUGCCCUUAUAUGCAAAAUUAUUUUAAUGUCUCUGGUAUUGAUAGAAUCAGUCAUUACUCAUCGGUGUAUUCUCAAAGUAAUCCACAACCUCAAUAUAUACCACGAUUUGUAUUCAGCUAUCUUAGUGGUGUUACUGGCACAACUAGAUUAGAUCAGCAACAACAACAACAACCAGUGAAAUGCAAUAGAAUCCAAGAUUGUCAAGCUAGCGAAUACUGUAUACGACAAAAAUGCGUUAAAACUUUAACAUCAUAUCACCCUGCUUAUGGUACUGGAUUACAUUACGAUGAAACGACAGGAGUCUUAAGUGUUGUAGAUAGUACGAAAGGAACAUAUACUGAAAGCACAUGGGAUUCUCCAAGUUUAAGACUUUUCCUUGUCCCUUCUCGUGAGCAACAACAUAUUGAAUUGGUGAUUGGUAUUAUUUGGUUUGUAACUAAUGUUAUUAUGGUGAUAUUUGCAAAACGAUAUGCAAGAUCUCGAUUCAAGUUGGACUGAUGAUCAUGAUUGUGCUUACCAAUGGGAAGUUAAACGUUUUGACGACAGAACUCCGAUUGUUUGCUCUUUUUCUCUACAUUUGUAUUAUUAGUUUUUUUUUUU